AUGGGAGGCCUCGGCAAAGGCAAGGGAAAGGGCAAGGUGGCCGGCAAGGGCAAGGGCCUUAAGGGCGGUUCGGUUGAGCCCUUCUAUGAGUCGUUGUCUGCGUCUUUUGCUAAAGGCAAAGGCAAGACGAAAACCCUGGGACUCGGCGAGUGGCCCAUGGGGACAGGAAAGGGCAAGGGCAAACUGCCUGAGCCGGUGACAAUGAAAGGCAAGGGGAUGACUCCCAAAGGCAAGGGGAAGACGGGACGAGGUGGGAAAGCUGCUGUGAAGGGCUUGGUGAAGGGAAAAGGCAAGAAGGGCGCCGGCAAGGCUCCAGUGAAAGGCGCAGGAAAGGCAGCGAAAGGUGCGGGUAAGGCAGCAAGCAAGGGCAAAGGUGAACCAGACAGCAAAGGCAAGGGCAAGGGCAAGAGCGUGGCCAGUGCCACCCCAGCCAAAGGCAAGCAUUCCCCGGCGAAGGGGGCAAGUGCUCAGAGCCUUGGUAAAGGGCAGCCUGCAGGCAAAGGCAAGGGCAAAGGGAAGGAAGGUCAGGUCGGCGACGAGUCACGAGGCAAGCGUGUGCCCCGGCUGGCAGCGGAGCUUGCUGGCUGUAUCAGUGACUUGCUCGAGGGCAAGUUCACCUACGACCAGUUUUGGUAUGUCUUUGUGGAUUUCUGCCAACAGCGAGGCUAUCCGAGCACCGGAUUCUCCACAGUGUGGUACUUGAUGGAGCGAUGGCGAGUCAUCGUACAUGCUGACGGAGGCAGAUACAAGCUUCUUACUCAGUCAAACUUCAAAGGUCGAACGCCGACUGAUUCCGUGGGAGCAUUGGACGGCCAGAAGCCGCCGCUUCUUGCCCAGGAAUUUGCCAGUCCGGUCCCGCUUUAUCCACUACCACGGAAGCUGGAAUCUCUCACAGCACUGGAAGUUUACAAGAUGCAGGCCGCCGCGCGCAAGGUCUUGCUUGCAGAGGGCUUGCAACCUGGGCAGCUGGAAGCACGCUACAAGGACUACCAGCACCACCUGCUGUACGUGGAGGAGCUUCAGAUGAAGUUCGACAUUGCCCUCUAUGACCUCGAGGUUGAUACACGGCUCGACUAUCUCAGAAAGGAGAAGCUUCACAAGAUCUUCGUGCCGGGCCUGGCCGAGAAGAGGCCGAGCAUCUUACGCGGAGAUACUGUUCUGCUGACCUGCCAGCAAGGCAAGUUCCGCGGCUAUGUUCACAACCUUCUCUUGGACCAAAUCCACGUGUCCUUCCAUGAGACCUUUACCAACAAGCCGCCCUUCAAGAUCCAUUUCAGCUUCAACAGGACACCUUUGCGGAGUAUGCAUCGUGCCGUUGACGACCUCAAAUUCCCUGUGGACGGUGCAGCGCCGAUUGUCAGGCCACGACCCAGGGGACACCCGGACCUCAACCAACAGCAGACAGAGUUCUUCGCUGCGGUUACGGCGCGUGCAGGUUCGCCGUUGUUUCUCUGGGGUCCACCUGGCACUGGCAAGACCACAACCUUGACGCACACCAUCCAUGCAGUCCUGAAGGCACAGCGGAGCGCGCGGAUCCUCGUGUCAGCACCGUCCAACCCAGCUUCCGAUCUCCUUUGCUCUCGUUUGGCAGGUCUCGGCGUGAGAAGCUCUGAGAUGCUGCGACUUGUGGCCGUGAUGCGAGACCUCCGAGACAUCCCGGAGUCGGUGUUGCCGUUUACGCGCACAGACCCCGUGUCACGCUGCUUUCAAAUUCCAUCGCUGGAGGAGCUGCAGGGCUAUCAGAUCGUCGUUUGUACCUGCACCACGGCAUCCUACAUCCGAAGCCGCCUUCGGGAAGGACAGGGAGGAUGGUUCACGCAUGUCUUCGUGGACGAAGCAGCACAAAGCAUUGAGGCAGAGGCACUGGUCCCCAUCACGUUGCGCACCGAUCGUGCCACUAUAUGCCUCGCGGGCGACUUCAAGCAGCUGGGUCCUGUGAUCCGCUCUCCGGUUGCCAUUGACUACGGCUUGCAGACCUCUCUGAUGGAGCGCUUGGUCAACAAGAUAACGGUGGACCAUUCUCGAGUCUUCACGCUGCUGGACACCUACCGGUCUCACCCCUCCAUCCUCCAGCUCUACAACAAGUUGGUUUAUGCCAAUGUGUUGAAAUGCUGCUGCCCGCAUGAGAGCUAUUCUAUGACAACUUGGCCGGAGUGCCCAGGUUCUGGCAUGAACCGUCAUCCGGUCAUCUUCCACCACUGCAAUGGCACGGAAAGUCGUCAGAAGGAUUCGCCUUCAUGGCAGAAUGUGGAGGAAGGGGAUAUCAUCAAAAUGUACUUGAUGAAGCUUAUGGAGCAUGGUGUCGACCCCGACGACAUUGGCAUCAUCUCUCCAUACCACAAGCAGUGUGUCCGUUUGCGCUUCAUCUGCCGAGGCGAAGGGUUGGAUAUCGAAGUCGGAACGACAGAGCUGUUUCAGGGUCAGGAGAAGAAGGUGAUUCUGAUCUCGACGGUCCGAUCCCGUCAGGAGCAGGAGAUCAAGAACGACAUUCGCUUCUCAUUGGGCUUCCUUGGCAACUACAAGCGCACCAAUGUGGCCAUCAGCCGCGCAAAGUCUUUGCUGAUAGUGGUCGGCAACAUGACCUUGCUUUCUCAUGAUGCAUCGUGGCUGGGCGCGAUCAAGCUGGCAAAGGAUAUGGGCUGCCUUCGCGGGACCCCCUUUGAGCUCUCCGAUGGCCGCCUUGGUGAAAGCAGCGAGUGGCGAGGAAGCUUCGCUCCGAGGCCCACGGAGAUUGUGGCGGAUGGCGCUACAGACCGUGAGUGGCGCGACCAGCUGUGA